UCUUCCGUGGUGGUACCUCUAGUGAACUUUAGUAGCUAUCAUCAUGCUUUCCAAGGCAGUAUUAUUUUGCGUCUGUAUCGCGGUGGCGUCAGCGGCUGUGUCUCUACUUCCGCCCCAACCAAAACCGGAAAAAUUCCAGAAUCUGGAAGGAUGUUACGUUCCGGAAUUAGAUGUGGUCAUUCCUUUCAAUUCAUCAGUUUAUUCGGCCGACUGUAAACAAUACAACUGCGAAGCAUCUUACGUCUCUAUAUACUCGUGUGCACCUGUGGCUUUCGACUACAACAACAACCCGAGCUGCUACGAAUUCGUAGACAAAGAAAAAUCUUAUCCUGAUUGUUGUCUCCAAGUGAAAUGUGCUGUAGAAAAUUCUGACGAAUAGACUUAGCUUACAUUUCAAUAAAGGUUUUAAAUUUGA